UCCUUCCCUUUCCCUUUCCUUUCUGCUCCCUUCUGCUUUCUCUCCGAGCUGCGUCUUCUCUCGCCUUCCGAUGAUGCUAUGCGCCGACGAGUAGGCGCCGACAAUGCUGUUCCCGAGGCUGAUCGUUUUGCUGCCGGUCGUCGUGCUUCUGGUGUCCGCGUGGACGGUUAGAUGCGGCGAGGCGGUGGAGUUCAACUUCCGGUCCCUCACAUUGGGGAGCCUCAAGUUGAUCGGCGACGCGCAUCUGAAGAACAACAGCAUCCGCCUCUCACGUGACCUCCCCGUCCCCAACUCCGGCGCCGGCCGCGCCCUCUACGCCGAGCCCGUACGCGUCCGCCACCCCACCACUCGACUGGCGCUCCCGUUCUCCACGUUUUUCUCCUUCUCCGUGGUGGAUCUCAACCCCUCCUCCGACGGAGGAGGCCUCGCGUUCCUCCUCGCCCCCGACGACGAUUCCGUCGGCGACGCCGGCGGGUUCCUUGGCCUCUUCAACGCCACUCCCGGCGGCUCCCCCGACGUCGAUACGGCCUCCGUUGUCGCUGUCGAGUUCGACACCAACAUGGAUGUUGAGUUCGAGGACAUCAAUGGGAACCACGUCGGGGUGGACCUCGGAAGUUUGGUGUCGGCGCGGGCCGCAGACCUGGACUCGACCGCGAUUGACCUCAAGAGUGGAGACCUCAUCAACGCGUGGAUCGAGUACGGCGGUGCCUCCGCGGGAGGGCUGCUCGAGGUCUUCGUCUCCUACUCCACGCCUCGCCCCGUCGUUCCUGUACUCUCCUUCGAGGUGGAUCUCGGCAAGUAUUUGAACGAAUUUGCUUUCGUCGGCUUCUCCGGAUCCACUCAAGGGAGCACUGAGAUCCACAGUGUCGAGUGGUGGAGCUUCUCCUCUCCCUCGAUCGAUGCUGCCCCGCCUUCAACGCCGCCCUCUCUGCCGCUGCCGCCGCCUGCCCCACCCAUAUUUCCCUUCUCAGUCUCCCCGCCGCCGCCCUCCCUGGCAGCUUCCGCCCCUUUGCCUAUCGUCGCCCAAGGACCGAGCAUCGGCACAGUGCGGCCAUCGUCAGGCUCGCCGUGUCAGAACAACGGAUUGUGUCGUCAGGGCCCCGCUGCCGUCGCCGGCGUGGCUACGGCCGGUGCGUUCGUCGUCGCAGCGGCAGUCGCCGGCGUCGGAUUCUGGGUAUUCACCCGGAGGUCCAAGUCUCCUAAGAGAUGGGAGAGCUUGGCUGGGACUUCCGAAAUCGUGAACAAUCCGAGGGAGUUCAGUUACAGAAUGCUCCUCAUUGCAACUCGGAACUUCGAUCCAGACCGCAUCAUCGGCCACGGGGCCUUCGGCACCGUCUACAAAGGGAUAAUCGCAGAGACCGGCGCAAUGGUGGCCGUCAAAAGAUGCAUCCAAAACGGCAGCAGCACCAGCGACCAGCUGGCGAGAGAAGAAUUCCUCUCGGAGCUUUCCAUCAUCGCCGGCCUCCGACACCGGAAUUUGGUCCGUCUUCAAGGUUGGUGCCACGAGAAGGGCGAAAUCCUCCUGGUCUACGACUACAUGAUCCAUGGGAGUCUCGACAAGGCUUUGUUCGAUCCAGAGGCGGUCCCUCUGGGAUGGCGGCACCGGAGAAAGAUACUGACAGGUGUGGCUUCCGCGCUCGCCUACCUCCACCGCGAGUGCGACCGCCAAGUGAUCCACCGCGACGUCAAGUCAAGUAACGUGAUGCUCGACGAAGGCUACCACGCCCGGCUCGGCGACUUCGGCCUUGCCCGCCAAGUCGAGCACGACAAGUCACCAGACGCCACUGUAACGGCCGGAACGAUGGGCUACCUCGCACCGGAGUACCUCCUCACAGGCCGUGCAACCGAGAAGACCGACGUCUUCAGCUUCGGCGCCGUAGUCCUCGAAGUGGCCUGCGGCCGUCGCCCCAUCGACGGCGACAACGACAACAAUCCCACUAUAGGCGGCGCCGGCAGCAGCAUCAGGAGAUGCAGCAAUCUGGUGGAAUGGGUGUGGGGUUUGCACGGCGACGGGAGAAUACUAGAAGCGGUGGAUCCCCGACUGGAAGGCGAAUUUGACGAGGGGGAGAUGAGGAGACUGCUACUGGUCGGCUUAGCCUGCUCGAGCCCGGACUCCUUGACGAGGCCCGCCAUGAGGAAUGUGGUGCAAAUGCUCAACGGCGAGGCCGAUCCACCCUUCGUGCCGGCGUCGAAGCCAUCAAUGGGUUUCAGCACCAAUCAACAGUUGCUUCUAAGUCUCCAGGACAGCGUCUCCGACUACAACGCCAUGGGGCUGAGCCUAUCCAUGUACUCAUCAUCUUCUUCCUCCUCUUUAAGGAGCACACUGAGAUGCGGCGGCACCGGCACCGGCACCGGCGACGAGCCUUAGGCUCUGAUAAUCGUGUGUGAAGAUGUUUUGUGACAAGAACACGAAAGCCUCUGGUCUUCCAUAUUGCCGUUGGAGAAGUUUCAAUGUUUAAAAUGGCACGAGGUCGCUCUUAAUGCCCAGUAUUCUUUCCCUUCUAGCUCAGCUUACUCUCAACCCCCAAUUUAACCGGAACAAUCUCUCGGAUGCUCCUUCGCUCCUCGGCUCUGUAGUGAUGAAGAAGCCAUUGAGUAAUGCACUUG